AAAAAAAGAAAAGAAGCUAGUCAUCAAAACAAUAAGUACAAUAAGCUUUCAGCUAUAAGCUAACCGUUGAUCACGAAGCAAUGCCAGUAUUUCCUGUUUAUUAUCAUAGUUCCCAAGCUUUAACCUAGUAACAGGCAUAUAUAUAUUGAGCAGCCGCUAAGCAGUAGACAAAGAACCCAUAACAACGUUUUCUCUUUCAUUCUUUCAAUCGCUUCGUUCACUCUUGAAUCUCCCUGAAUUUGAAACCUCCAUUAAAGCAGCAGCUAGAAGCUUUAGAGCUUAGCCUGGGUUUUUGGCCUAGAAAUGCUGCAACAACACACAAUCAGUUGUAUCGAUUGGAAGCCAUCGCCGGUUGUAGCCCUUGCCACCAGCGCCGACGACUCCCAAGUCGCCGCCGCUAGAGAAGAUGGCUCUCUCGAGAUUUGGCUCGUAUCUCCUGGCUCCGUCGGCUGGCACUGCCAAUUGACGAUUCACGGCGAUCCCAAUUCGAGAAUUUCGUCGCUUGUUUGGUGCCGCACGAGUUCUAAGGGUUCUUCGUCUGGAAGAUUGUUUUCUUCUAGUAUUGAUGGGUCUGUUUCUGAGUGGGAUCUUUAUCAAUUGAAUCAAAAGACUGUGCUGGAAUCAGUGGGCGUAUCGAUAUGGCAGAUGGCAGUGGAGCCGUUAAAGAACAGUUGGGGAGAUAUCGAACACGAAGCUCAUAGCAAUGGAAAUGGGGUUGUGAUAGAUAAUAAUAUUGAUGAUAGUGAAAGUAGCGAUGAUGAUGAAAGUUAUGGUAGAGUUGAGCUUCAUGAAGUGGAGAAUCGUCGAUUAGCGCUUGCUUGUGAUGAUGGUUGUGUGAGAUUAUAUACUAUCCCUGAUACUAAUGAGUUGACAUACCAUAAAUCGAUGCCUAGGGUUAGCGGCCGGGGUCUUAGUGUGACCUGGAGCACUGAUGGAAAUUUUAUUUAUUCUGGAAGUAGUGAUGGGUAUAUUAGAUGUUGGGAUGCAAAAUGCGCUCAUGAACUAUAUAGGAUUACUGUUGGUCUUGGAGGUUUGGGAGCUGGGUCAGAAAUUUGUGUUUGGUCAUUACUUGCUCUAAGGUGUGGGGUUCUUGUGAGUGCUGAUAGUACAGGCAGUGUUCAGUUCUGGGAUAUUAAGCAUGGAACACUAUUGCAGGCUCACUCUCUUCACAAAGGUGACUCAUUUGCUUUGGCCGCAGCGCCUUCCCACAAUAGGGUGUUUUCUGCAGGUUCUGAUGGAAAGGUGAUCUUAUACGAGCUCUCUGAUGAUGUUCUUGACUCCAGUCACGCUAGUAAGUUGUCUUCUGCAGUCAGGAAGACAUGGGUUUAUGUUGAUAGCAGAAGUGCUCAUACACAUGAUGUUAGGGCAUUGACGGUGGCAGUGCCUAUUAGCCAGGAAGAUUUGCUCCUGGAUGAAAAGGUUAAAAAAGUUCGCACAAAAGAAAAGCCUGUCGACUUUAGUUAUCACAAGUGGGCAAAUUUGGGGGUUCCAAUGCUUCUGUCAGCUGGUGAUGACACUAGAAUGUUCGCAUAUUCUGCCAAUGAAUUUACGAAAUUCUCUCCUCAUGAUGUAUGCCCUGCUCCUCAAAGAGUGCCUGUACAUUUGGUCCAAAACUCUGUUUUUAACAUGAUGCCAUUGCUUCUAGUUCAAGGCUCUAAUGGAAUUGAUAUCCUGUCUCUUAAAUUGGGAAAUGGUACUGCUCUUGAUAAGGCUAAUAGUGGACACGCAGCAACUAAUUUGUUGGCCCGUGUCAAUAGUAAGGGAUCUGGAAAGAUUACUUGCAGCGCUAUAUCUCCUUCUGGGUCACAAUUUUGCUUUUCUAAUCAUGCCAAACCAAGACUAUUUGGAUUAAAGAGAGGUGGAGGUUCCAAAAAUGCAUGGGUUAUUGAUAAAAGACAACUUCCUGGCAAACUGCCUUAUGCUCAUGCCCUGGCUUUCACUUCAGAUUCGUCUCGAUUAAUUGUUGCAGGAAGUGAUAGAAGAAUAUACGUUGUAGACCUGGGAUCCACAGAAUUGUUGCACAUUUUCACACCUUGUCGUAAGACACAAGAUGAGCAUUCGCCACCCAGUGAGCCUCCGAUCACAAAAUUGUUAACAAGUUCUGAUGGACAAUGGUUGGCUGCUGUAAAUUGCUUUGGGGAUAUAUAUGUCUUCAAUAUGGAAAUACAGAGACAACAUUGGUUCAUAUCAAGAUUAGAUGGUGCUUCUGUUACUGCUGGUGGCUUCUCUCCCCAUAGUAACAAUGUGCUUGUCAUCACAACAUCAUCAAACCAAGUUUAUGCAUUUGACGUAGAGGCCAAACAAUUGGGUGAAUGGUCAAGAAAAAACUCUUUCACUUUGCCUCAGAGGUUCCAGGAAUUUCCUGGCGAAGUUAUUGGCAUCUCAUUCCCACCAUCAGCAAGUUUGUCAUCUAUUGUUGUUUAUAGCUCAAGGGCGAUGUGUUUGAUUGACUUUGGAAUGCCUGUUGAACGGGAUGAUAGUAGUGACUUGGUCAAAACAGAAAUGCUUAAUGGUUUGGACACCGUCUCAAAGAAGCUUUUAAACUCAAAUGGAAGGCUGAAGCGCAAGUUGCAACAGCCUGAUAUGUACAUAAAGCUGUAUGGCAGACGGAAUUUUGAAUUCGUCCAGUUUAAACAUCCUGUUUUAUUUGUUGGUCAUGUUUCCAAGAGUUCUGUUAUUGUCGUAGAAAAACCGUGGUUGGAGGUGGUUAAGAGUUUCAGUAGCCAGCCCAUUCACAAACACAUAUAUGGUACUUGAGUUCGUUUACACAAACAGGUGUUGGUAUACGAGUUACUCAGCGAUGAGUUUUUUUUUUUUUUUUUUUUGGUGGUUUGCCAGGGUUAGGCCUUGUUGGGGCGAUCAAUUUUGGUGUUGCAGUAAUCACUUCUGUGCCUUUUUGGGUUACGAAGCGUGUUGUGUAUUAUGUUCACUAACAUUAUAUCUGUUGUCACAUUUUCUAGUUAGAAAGGGGUAUGAUUUUAUUGAGACUUUAUCUAGGCUGCAGUUUAGUGCAUCUGUAAAUAGGGUUCCAAGAACCACUUUGAUAUUUUUUCAUUGUAAUGAUUUUUGUUACUACCCUUUUUUGUUGACUUCGUUAUUUUAA